AUGAGUUUGUGUUCAGCUGAGAUCUCUCUAUUUUCUGUACCUCGAUGGAACAGACCAUGCUCUGUUUUCAAAGAUGAUGCCCAAAACUCUGUUUUACUCUUCUCUGGAAUUCUUCUUUCUCCAUUGAACAAGUCUCUUCUGAUCACAACCUCUGAUUCGUACGAUGUUGUCUCCGUCGGGGAAUACAAAGUCAAAGCUAGUCGCCUCUUUUAAAAUAUAUUCGACAAGUAUGGAGACAUCACAUCAAAUUCCAAGCUCCACUCUCUCUCCACACGAAUCUACCACCUCGAGACUCUAGCAGAGCUUGUUAUAGAGAGCUUUAGUCAAUACCUGGCGUCAUUAGAUUUCGUUAAGGAAGUAGAGACGGCAAUGAUCCGAGUAGAUUGGUUUCGGUCCGUUCUUGAUGAGCUUCUUGUGGCCAAAAGGUACUUUAACAAACGAGAGAUGGUGGCUUUAGAGAAAGAGGCGUGCGAGCGUGGUUUUUUGCUUGUGAGGCAAGAAAGGAAGGUGAGUUUGGUUAAGCUUGCGGAGUAGGAAAAAGAGAUGACUGAGUUUAGGGAGAGAUUGCCACUACAACAGAGGGUAUAUUUUUUAGUCAAACUUGAGUACUAUGUAGCCAUCUUCACUAUGUGA